AUACAAGUGAAGAUUUAGAUUUGUAAUGCAGGCGUUUGUACAUGACGUGUAAAUUAAAAAGAACCCACACGUGAAACUCAAUUGACCGACCAAUAUUGAGGGAUAAAAUGGCUUAUGAACAGGCGCAAUCUGCUGUUUCGUCGAUGCUACAUGGCAUAAAUAGGUAUAAUCCUGAGAAUCUUGCUAACCUGGAGAAAUAUGUGGAGAUCCAAGUCAGAGAAAACCAGUAUGAUCUGGAAGCAAAUCUUGCCAUUUUGAAGUUGUAUCAGCUGAAUCCAGCACACUUCAAAAUGCACACAGCUGCUCUUAUCUUUCUCAAGGCAAUGACCAACCUUCCACAUACCGAUGUCAUCCUUUGCAAAUGCCUCUUAGACAAUGAUGUUCAACAAGAGGAACCACUGGCAUCCAUAUGUUACUUUGCAGGAUUAUUAGAAAUGUGUCACUUCAAACAGUUCUGGAUUGAGUAUGAUGCCAGGCCUGCAGCCUUACAAAAUGUUGCUGGUUUUCACAAUGCCAUCAGGAAAUUCAUCUGUCAUGUGAUCAACAGUACCUACCAGACCAUUGAGAAGGUACAGCUAGGUGAACUUCUAGGAAUAUCGGAUGAUACAGAGCUGAAGAGUUGGAUGGCCAACUAUGACUGGAAGGAGCUUGAUGGUGGCAAGGUCUUCAUUUCCAAUCAGGAUGAAAGCGUCAAGACGAAGAACAUCACAGAGAAAAUUGGCUUUGAUAAUGUGGCUACUGUUAUGAAGAUAUCCCAGUGACCCUGAUGCAAAAGGCCAACAUGGACAAUUCAUAAACUUUAGCAAAUACCAUUCUGAAAAUGGCAGUGAUACGGACUGUAUAUGAGACACAUUCGUGUGGUGGAGCAAUUUAUGACCUUGUUGUGACCUACAAGAAGUUCAGUUUCAUUUGUCUUCAUGUUCCAGUAUAUAGAGGUCUGCCGUUCAAGUGCGUCAUGGGAUUCCUUUACUUUCUGUGUUUUGUCGUGUUUACCAUUUGUUUCAGUUUAGAAUCAUGUUAUAUUUAUGUAGGUCAAUUCUAAUUAGCAUUUACACAUGCUUUACAAAGCAGUGUAUUGAAGUUCUCGUCCUCGUGGAAUAUUUACACCAUGUAAGAAAGAUUCUGGAAUUAAUACCAGAUUGACCACUAAAAUAACGUUGGGAAUAGUAUUCAAAUAAUUCUCAUAUUUGAAAAUUCAUAUUUGUUAUUUUGACACUGGUAUUAUGAUGCCCAAUGCAGUGACUGAAUGUGUCAUGACAGAUCUGCCCAAAGGCAACUGUCAAAGAAGUAUACUGCAAAGCAAAACAGAAUAUUUCAUUCCCAAAUCCAUAAAGUGGCAUAAUUGAUUAAUUAUGAAAGCUUUCAAUUUACUUUACAAUUUUUCUGAUCCAGGGCUCCAUAACAUAAAUGAAUGCGAUAAAGAACCAAUCUGAUUGGUUCCUGGUCAAAUGAACAAAGUGUGCAUGAUACAAGGUUUUUGAUUGGUCAUUGGCAUUUGAUUGCAAAUUUGUAUGUUACGAAGCCCACUCAUCAGUGAUGUACAUCGAUAGUGGGGCAUUUGGCAGUUGAGAUCAUUUUGGCCUGCCUUCCUGUUCAAAAUAGCCUGGUACCGUAAUGGUCAACAAAACUGUCAUUUGGAUCUUCAUGAGAAAUCCAUUUUUAUGCCCCUGUAGACGAAGUCCGGAGGGGGCAUUAAGCAUUGCCCCUGUCCGUCCGACCCCCACUUGGUUUCCGCGCUAUAACUUGAAAAAUAUUUAAUGGAUUUUAGAAAUUUUGGGUGUGGAGGUAGAUGACACCAAAAUACAGGCUAAGUUCAAAUUCGGAGUCCGCAGGUCAAAGCUCAUUAAAUAUAUGCAAAUUGGUUUCCGCAUGAUAACUUUGGAAAUAUUCACCAGAUAUUAAAAAUGUUUGGUGUCUAGGUAGAUGACACCAAAAUACAGGCUAAGUUUGAAAUCGGAGCCCAUAGGUCAAAGCUCAUGCUGCAAGCAGCUGUAUUGAAAAAAUUUAUGAGACAGCAAGACCACAUUUCCAUAUGACACAAUGAAGUGACAUCAAAUGACCCGACUGUCAUAUCUUUCAGAGAUUAUUAUGGAAAGGGCGAGUAUUUAGGUCUAAAUUUGUUCAUUAAUUAUGUAUGCAUAUUGGUUUCUGCACGAUAUUAAGUUCAAUCAUAUUGAAUGAAUUUCUGAUCGCGUUAAGCGGGGGCAUCUGUGUCCUUCGGACACAUCAAAUUUCUAUUCAGUUAUGAAAGCCUCUUAUUCACUUUUCUUGGAAAGCAGCAUGAAAUAUUACAAUUGUGGAUGAUUAAGUUUGAUUUCACUUUUGACCCACUUGUCAUUACAACUUAAUACAAAGACUCUGAAUGAAUCAGUAGAAUACCUUAAGAAUUUGCAAGUAUAUACAGAUUUAUUUAUUACAAUAACAAAAGAAACACAGCUUAUAUAUUGUAACUAAAAAAAUCACGAAAUACCAUUUCAGUGUUACACAAGUACUAGGCCUAUAAUGCAAUGCAAAGAAAUCAGUUACCAUUAAAAUUUAAUGUACACAAAACCACUAUUGUACAAUAUGUAAGUUAACAAUAGUGUAAUACUGUUUUAACGAAGCCUCAUGACAUUAUGGAUUUUUUAAAAGGUCAACAUAUAAUGUGUAUUCUGACAUGAAAUACCAAGGAAAGGGACUUUCAGAAGGAUGAACAAAUGUUUCAAAACACAAAGGUUGUCUUUUCCCAACUACAAUGGAUUUAGGUGAUUUCCAAUCAACUGCAUUUACAGUAAUUAAUAUAUUCUGUUAAGCUUGUAAUACUGAUUGCAAUGCUACUUCAUAAAAAUGCAUCAAUAUUUGUGUUUCCAAUUACGGUGCAGUGUCCCUUGCAUUCUUUUUUUGCAUAAAAAAAAGAAAAUCAUUCACAGUAUCAAGGUGGAAUAUGUUUCUUUUUAACCAGUAUCCAUGUUUCAUUUCUUCUAUAAAUAUGAAGUAUAGUUCUCAGAGAAUGUCAAUAAAUAAAUUUGUACAGAAUUUUGACUGUAUAUCUCCUAAAACACUCAA